AUGUUUUUGGGAACAUUAGGGUUAAAGGAAGAUAUGGUACACGAUUGGAUUGGCAGUACUGAACAUGGUUUAAAUACAAGUACUAUGGAAGAAGUAAUAUCAUCAAGAACGCGUAGCGAUAAUGGCUUUAAAAAUGAAAAAAAAUUAUAUUUGAGAGAGUGGUUAGAAAGUUUACCAAAACUAAGUUCCCAUUAUUGCAGAAAAGAUUCGCAGAAGUUAUAUCUUGAGCAAGUUUUUCGGACAAAAAUAGAUUUGUACCGUGUUUAUGAAACUUACUGCAAAGACAAUGAUAAAAAAACCUACAUUGUCAGUUUUCCGAUAUUUGACGAUAUGUUAACGCAGAUGAAUAUUAGCCUUUAUAAGCCAAAAAAGGAUAAAUGUGAUGUAUGUUGUUCUUUUGAAACUAAUAAUAUAAACGAAAUGGAUUACAAAAAUCAUUUGGAAAGAGAAGAUAGAGCCCGUAAAGAGAAGGAGGACGAUAAAGCAAAAGCUUUAAGGGGAGAAACCUAUACAUUGGUUGUAGAUGUUCAAGCCGUUAAAAUUUGCCCAGUGAUUAACGCAAGCGCAAUUUAUUAUAAGAUGAAAUUAAAUUGUCACAAUUUUACCGUUUACAAUUUGGCGACACACCAGAGCACCUGUUACUGGUGGAACGAAACUGAAGGCGACUUGUCGGCAUCUACAUUUGCAAGUUUUUUGAUUUAUUACCUGAAAGAAAAUGAUCCUAAACUGCCCAUUGUCAUUUACUCUGACGGGUGCUGCUACCAGAAUAGAAAUGUUGUUAUGGCCAAGGCCUUGUUUCAAUAUUGCUUGGAGAAUAAUAUUCUAAUUGAACAAAAAUUUUUAGAGAGGGGCCACACGCAAAUGGAAUGCGACGCAGUCCACAGUAUGAUUGAGCGAAAGUUAAAAAACCGUUUUAUCCAUUUGCCAAGUGACUACGUAAACAUAACCAGAGAGGCCAGACGAAAUCCCUGUCCAAUAGAUACGUAUUACCUAACACAUGGAUUUUUUAAGGACUAUUCAAAGCCAUCCUCAUGGAGUUACAACUCUAUUCGCCCCGAAAAAAAAAAAAAAAGAAUGAGCCUUCUGUUACUGAUCUCAGACAUUUGCAGUACAACCCAAACGAAAAAAAAAUUAUGUAUAAAAUUAAUUUUAAUCACAGUCUCCACCCAUUGCCAUGUACGAGUAGAAAGGUAA